UGUCGUGGGGUCGCUCUGACCACGCUCUCGGCCGCAGAGUCCACUUCGCAUUUUGAGCGACGCCCCCAAAUUCCGUGCAGAGUGUUUGCAGACCCUCCGGGACGGAGAGGUGGAGGAGGAAUCGGCAGCUCCACCGUCCACAUUCACCACAAUCAGCACGCCAUUACUUCAUGACUUCAUCAUAUCUUUGACAGCGGGAGUUUGGACCGUGUUGUGAAGCUCUUCGGGACUCCAGUUCUGCUGCAGAGAAUGGAAAUAGGGACACAGGCCAAGGCUUGCCAUUUUGGCUGAAGUAACAGCAAGGACGGUUGUCAACCCUGCAUCAGCGUCAAUCCCCUUCUCCCUCACCUCUCCUCCCACACACACACACACACACACACACACACACAGAGAGACACACACACAAGGACAGACACCCCCACACAGCCACUGCUAUGUCCACCGCCGUAGACAUCGCUGGCCCUUCCUCCCCAGAUCAGGCCCACAGCAGCGCUAAAAUCCCUAAUGAGCCCCUGAGACCCAGCCUAAAGCGCUCCAACCACCCCUACAGCCUCUCUCAUUACAUCUCCACCCCUUCCCAGGCCGUGGAUGUCAAAGGACUGAUCCAGCCCUCCCCGGCCCAGCAGCGGGCCGCUCAGCCUGCACACGCUAAGCCUCGCCGGGCCCCUUCCUGGCCCGACAUGUGGGAGUCACCCAGCGGGCUCCACCUGGCCCAUGCCGCAGAGCUGCUGAUGCGCGCCGGGCUCCUGGCUCUGACACCUGCCGCCACAGAGCAGGCCAGCCUGGGUGCACAGAGCAGCCAACCAGCUAAAAGGGAGGCUGCAGAGGCAAAGACGGGGAAGGGGGAUGGGGAAGGUGGUGGUGGUGGUUCUGGGCCUGAGGAAGAGGAAGAGGACUCCUCUGGCUGUGGCACUGAUUUCCAACCCUUCCUGGGUGCGUGGUUCCCCUUCAGCCCUGCUCUGUUUCCUUUGGCAGGUUUCCAGAUGGGGGGAGGCCACUGGAGAAGUGCAGCCAUGGGAGCAGAGGGCAUUGAGGGCCUGGUGGCUGAGGGCUACUCUCCUGGCUCUCUGGGCACCAGCAGUGGAGGCAAGAGGAAGAGGAAGAGGUGCGGGGAGUGUGUACCUUGUCGGCGACAGACAAACUGCGAACAGUGCAGCAGCUGCCGCAAUCGCAAGAGGGGACACCAGAUCUGUAAAUACAGGAAGUGUGAGGAGCUGAAGAGGAAGCCGGGAGGCCCCGGGUUUGAGAGCAGAGUGUCUGGGUUUGACCUCAGGGGGUCCGAUUUUACUUUGGGUCUGGCGCAGGAGAGAAGCAAUGGAGCCUUGGAUGGAUAGUAACGUCUGCAGUGGCAGCAUUUGUCAGAGGAAUCCUGGUUGGAUUGUUGAUUGUUGAGGAGCUGCAUUUUCACAAAAACACACAGGACACGAUGUUAACAUGCUCGGACUGUGGUUCAAAGAUCUUGGCAUCUUGUGGUUAGGAAGGAGCUGCAGCUCUCGUUAAAGAAUGUCCACACUUGUUCCCAUCCUUCCUUUUGACAAUCAGUGAAACAGGAGAGGAGAGAAAGAAGGAUACCAAUGCGUGUCAAUAUUUAGAUGAUGACAUAAAAUGCUGUAAAUAGCCUGUAAAUAUCUGGAAAACAUUAUGUCUUUUUUACAUCCCUUUGCAGUUUGGAUGUCUUGUGUUUCAACAUUUCAAAGAAAAAAAAAAAAAAAAAAAGGAGCCAAGUGUUUUGUUUCUAAUGGGGAGUUAUGAUUCUGUUGUUCUGACGUCACUGCAUCAGCAAGAAAUGAAUGAGUUCAGCCUAGGCUAAAUUAUUUCCUGUGCAGCUUGUACUGUAAAACUCUGUUUGCCCUUUUGAAAUAAACAAAAUUGGCCAUGUG